CUCCAAAAGCCGUCAUGUUUUUGUCGGGGACUAUAGCGGCAACAUCACCAUGCUCAAGUUGGAAGAAAAUGGCCCACAAGUUAUAACAACUCUGAAGGGUCACAAUGGGUCCAUACGAUCUUUAGCAUGGGAUAUUGACCGGCAGCUACUGUUUUCUGGUUCUUUUGAUCAAUCUGUAAUAGUGUGGGAUAUUGGUGGUGGCAAAGGAACAGCUUUUGAAUUACAGGGACACACGAACAAAGUCUCCUCUUUGGUGUAUGGACCUGUGAGCCGUCAACUCAUAUCUGGUGCUGAGGAUGCUACUGUUGUAUUUUGGGACAUGAAAGCUAACAGACAAGAGACCCCAGAGUGGUUAGAAGCUGACUCAUGCCAGUAUUGUGAGCGGCCCUUCUUUUGGAAUAUACGAGCCAUGAUGGACCAGAAGCAGAUAGGUCUUAGGCAACAUCAUUGCAGGAAAUGUGGAAAAGCUGUUUGUGACAACUGUAGCUCUAAGAGAACUACUAUUCCUAUCAUGGGAUUUGAGUUUGAUGUUCGAGUAUGUGAUAAGUGUCAUUCAACUAUAUCGGAGACAGACAGCGUGAAUAGUGAAACUCGAGCUUCUCUAGCAAAGUUCCACGAAGUAAAGCAUAAUGUUGUAUUCAUGGAUAUGGAUGAAGAGAGUGGUCUUCUUCUUACAGUUGGUCAAGACCGCGUCAUGAAGAUUUGGGAGGUGUCAAGUUUACUCAACUGAUCUUGUGAGAGCCAUGUGGAUCCAUGGGAUUCACAUGUUGUUCUUCUGGCUAGUCAGUGAAAAGGUGGUAUUUGUCAAGAGUAACUUUGGAGAAUAUGCACAUCAUAUACACAUCAAGGAGUAUAGAAGCAGUAAUAGUUGAGCACCUUGGUGCUCGUGUUACCUAAGAGUUUUAAGAGAAUGGAAAGGUAACUGGUCAUCUUGGCUUCCAAAACACAAUGGGUAGAUUUGUUGCGUCAACAAAAGUAGAGGAGGAAAUGGAAACUCAGCUUCCAAAACACAACGGGUGGGUUUGUUGUAUACAGUAGCUAAGUAAUGGUGCAAACUAGAACCUGUAACUGCUUUUAACCAGAAAAUUAUCCUUUAUAUAGGACCGAUUCUUGCAAUACAGUACUACUACUAGAUUUUGACCUAGAAGUGUUGCCCUGAAAAAGUGAUCCUGAAAAUUAAUGAUCCAGCCAAAGAUUGGGUUCUCCUUUUUAGUGUCUGUUGAUAUGAUAGUUUUACUAGUCAUGAUAACUUUACUACUGGAUUUGCAGUGCAAAAUUAAUGUCACGAUAACUUUACUACUGGAUUUGCAGUGCAAAAUUAAUGUCACCUCUAGAUCCAUAAAUGAGUUUUGAAUCAUUUGUAAUAAAUACUGUAUAUUUUUGUUGGCAUCAGAUGCGUUUUGAUAUUGUAAAGUUUAAUUUUUUAAAUGUCAGUUGUAGUACCAUAAAGUCCAGAAAAAGUGAGAAUGAAUAAUUAAUCUUGUUUAUGAUUAUGAAUUAUCAUUGCCAUUGGAUGAUAUUCAAGCACAGUAAACCCCAGUCACAAAAGACAGUCAUAUUCUCAUUGUGGUUCUUUGUACAUUAUGACUUUGCUCCUGCUUUGUUCAAUCAUACGUUUGGAAACCUGAUUAUUAUGUAACCAGUGAGCACUCUGGACACCUUGGAGAAAUCCAAGUGAUCUUAGUCAUACCAAGUAGUCCAUCCACUAAAUGCUUUCAGGUUGUCUCUUAUUGUCUACAGUUAAAUAAUCAGUAUUCCUAUGAAGCCUCAUUGUUUGGCUUUCUUCCACUUAUGUAUUGUGGAACACUAUUAUUGGAUACUGUAGAAGCGACAGACUAAGGUGUAUUACAGAAAUGACUAGUAUCCGCCGUGAAAGACGUUCCAUGUGCAAUAUGUUCCAAAAAUGUUUUUUUUUUGUAACAGAACUUGUGUAAAGUUGUUGGUUUCUUUCCAAAAUCAUGCUAUGUAUUUGAUAAACAUUACACAGCCAUUGUUGCUGUUAAGAUGGUUUAACAACUAACUGUUCAGUGUACCAGAUUUCCCCUUGGUGUUUUCAUACAAUUAGUAUUAGGGAAAGCUGUAUUUCAUCAUGGGGAACUUGAAGGUGCAGCCAGUGAUUGGCCAAGUACCCUACAUGUGGCCAAUACACUUAGGCUUAAUUAUUGGAUGUGGAUGUGUGUAUUAUUGCCAGCCAUGUGUUGUACUAACAUUAAUGUUGAGGGGUGUGACAUGAUUUCUGUCAUCCUGGCAUCUUCAAAUCAUUGUUGAUUAUUUUGGGGAAAAGUUUCUGUUAACAUGAAGAAUUUGUAGUAAUUAUUGAAUGAAAGAUGGAACUAUGGUUUUACAAGGUGUAAUGUGUUUAGUUCUCAUAAUAGGAGAAUAUCUUUAUUGGUUUUCAAGGGAUAUUAUUAGAGGUCAGUUAAAUUUUUAUGUGGAAUCUUUACCAGGAGGGAAAGGUUAAAUGUAAUCAGCUUUUGAUAGUGUUUUUCAGAAGGACAUGCACAAAGGUUGGUAUAUUUUAUGAAAUCUAGGCUGUCAAGCGAAGUAAUGGGACAUGUUUGGUUAUUUAGUGCUUGAGGCAAUCACAAGAGGGAGUUGAAGUGGUUGGGUAGCAAGAUGAAGAGAUCCAGAAAAUAAAAAUGAAGUACGUACAAGGUUUGGAAGAUGGAACUGGGAGAAAUCCCCACAGUUACCCAAAGAAGUAAUAUCUAGUUAGAGAAGUUGUUCAGCAGGACUGAAGAAAGGCGACAGGAAUGUAGGAGGGAUGGCAGUACCCUCACAUGGGGAUACACAAAGGUGUAUAUUGAAGUGAAUAUGUAUUUGUCAGUUUAUUAACUUAACAAGUAAAGGGGAAAAAUAUUACAUGGAAUCAGAAAUUAAAGUCAAAAGUUGAAUAGCAUCAGCUGGGUAAAGGGGUCCAAAAAAUUACUUUGUGAGGCAUUAUCCUAUAUCCUGUAUAUCUUGGCCAUUGGUACGUUUGGGAUUAUUGUUUGUUUUAAUAAUCUGUGGGGUGCUCUGUUGGAAACAUGGUUGCCCUUUCAAAUUCAAAACUCGGUCCUCAGUUAUUCACAGACAGGAAAACAGUACUGUAUUCAUUUGUGACAUUCCUUGAUUUUCUUUUUAAUGUUUGCACAGCAUAAGAUGACUCAAGGCUUGUGACUUAAUAUUUUGGGCUUACUCAUUUUUGUUAGCACCAAGUGUCUAAGAACCUGUACGGCUUCAUAACAGUAAUAGUCUUGAUAUUUUUUGUAAUCUAGUUUAUUUUUCUGUGGAUGACAGGAUUGUUUGUCUGUUUUUAGUUUCUUGAUGUAUAGGAUACUGUGUAUAAUCCAAAGGAAAAUUUCUUGAAUUCUAAAGCCUUUUCGUAUGGAAUUUGUUAGUAAAUUUUGUAUAAUUUUGAUUUCUAUUUUCAUAGUACUGUUAAUUUGACGUUAUGUAGCUAUGUCAAUGUGAUUUUACUUAUCUAAGGAAUAUUAGUGUUAAGGCUUCUUAAAUACUGGAACAAAAAACAUGGGAUAGCUUUCAGCAUUUCUUGCACAUUAAUGCAUUGUGGUUACUGUGGUGUUUACUCAAGGCCAACUCCAGAAAAUGUGGGUAUGUUUAUCAGUAGGUAACUUUAGGAGUGCCUAGUGCAGAACAAGAGUGAAAAGUCAAUGUUGUAUCUUGCUAUUUUUUGCUUCUGUUGUUGGAGAAGGGUUUAUAAAGAUAAAAUAUUUUUGGGAAUUAGUGGCUUGAUAUUGACUUUUACAUAAAAAAAAAAGAUAUCCCAAACACAUUUAAACUAGGUUUGUGUUCUUUUGCUACAAUGGUUGAGUGGUUUAUCCAUGUACAAAUUAUACCAGGAUAAAUGAAAAUGUGGAAGAAAAUUGGAAAUUUGACUCAAGGGGAUUAAUUUUGACCUCACCAAUUCUAUGAACUUGUGGCCUUCAGCUCAAAGGCCAGUUUUGACUCAAGAGGUUUGCUAUUUAAUGACACCUCUGUAAGGGCUGGAAGAGUAUGAUCCUAGUGUAUUUUUAGUACAUCUUUCAUUAAGUCUGUAACAUAUAUGCCUUGAAUUUUUACUUAUUAUGUUUAAUCCAUUUUUGUUUCUCAUAUGACACUUUUAAUGUAUGUAAGAUACUAAAAGUGAGACAAGAGCUAGUGGUCAGGUUAUCAAUUAUAAAAGUUACAAACUGGGACACGUUUUAUUCAUGUCGUAUUGGUUGUUUUGAGCAUAAAGGAAUAUGGUGGUCAAAUUCAAUAGCAAUGUAGGCUGUACCACUGUACAGUUUAGUUCAACCAAAAUAAUUUCCAAUUUGCAUUUCUUCCCUGAGGUAGAAAUCUUAUGCUAAAUCGUAGGCCAUAAAUUCUAAUACCAGUUAGUUUGCAACAUUGGUGACACAGACUUUAAUGCAAUUUAUAGAUUUUCUUAGCAGAUAAUUUCAAAGUAACUAGUAAUAUAUAAAUGUCAGUGAUGCCCUUAUUGAUUGAUAAGGGACUAAGGUUUAUGUUCUUACAGCCUUUCAAGAUUAUUAAUGUAGAUGCUGUAAUGUACCCAUAAUGGCUGCAUAGUAAUCAUCCUAGGGGCUCUGAUGUUUGCAUUAUGAUCUGAUCCAUUUUAGUUUCAAUGUUUCUGUAUACUGUAUAUAUAUAUUGAUAUAUAUAUUGUUUAAGGAAAGGCAUUUUCAGUUCGUAUCUCCUACCCAUUCUUUCAUAUGUGUGAGGAAACUAGGUGUAUUUUUCAAAUGAUUCAAUUAUGUGAGUGUAACAUUGUAACUGCUUGUGAGAACUUGAGAAACCUUUGUGUGGUGUUUUAUGUAUUGAGGUAAUGUUUUAUCUGGGUCAGUGACAGCUAUUGUAAUUUUUCAUUUAACAAGUUUAAUGAUCUGCAUAGAAAAGGAAGAAUUACGCGGGUGGGGAUACGUCCUUUUAUAUGUAUGUACAAUAUUUUUCCUUUUUCUUUAUGAAAAUGUUAUCCGACUCGUUAAAUUUAUAAGCGGGAAAGUCAUAGUAAACUCUUCUGCACUGCAGUUGAUUAUGGGGUGAAAGCUUUGAAUUCAAGUAUUGGAAUUAAUCUGGUUCCAGUCUUUUUAAACCAAAGACUUGUUCAGGAUUUAAUCCUGUGCCAAGAUUAGUUGGUCACAAACUUGCCUGUGAUCCUGAAGUAAAAAAAAAAAAAAAAAAAAAAA